AUGGAUCAAAACCUAGUUGGCAUUCUGGAGUGGAAUUUCCCCAAAGAGAUCAGUCUAAACUUCAGAUUCAGAAAUGAGGACUCACAAGGCCCAGCCGACGCCGAUGCCGCAGAAGGGCAAGGAAGGCUCCAUCAAGGGGAUCCCCUCAACCAACCCCUGGUACUGAGCAGCAGCAACAGAAGCAGCAGCAGCAGGAGCAGCACCAGCAACAACAACCAUAGUAGCCUCUCUGUUUCACUAGAUGAUUUAGUGAUAGAAGCGAGAUCUGAUGCUAAGAAGAAGGCGGAAUUGGCCUCCUUUGCGAUGAAUAAUGCCUUCAAUAAGGCUGCGAUGGCGAAGCACGCAGCCGAUCGGGCAAAGGCGGCGCUGCGCGUGGUCCUCGGGAAUUCGCCCAAUGAGCUGAAGGCGAACGGUGAUUCGGCGAUCCCCGAUGAGGAGCUGGCUCUCCAGCUGCAUCUGGCCAUGAAUGGAUCGGAGAGGAUUUCGAGGAAUUCGGUUACUGACAAGAGAAAGCGACGGAAAAAUGGUGAAUUAAGUAGUAAUUCAAGGUUCGGGAAAGGUGAGAUGUGUGAAGAAAAUAAGUUUCCCUUUGAUGGAACUGAGGGGAGGGAGCUCAAAAGCAAUUUGGGUAUGAAUUCUAGUUCUAUCGGAACAAAGAAGAAGAAAAAGGAGAUAAUCAGGUAUACUAAGAGAAGGCCUUUGGAAAUGGGGCAGGGAUAUUGUCCUGCUUCUCGCAAGGAAGAGCUUGUUGAUCCAAACUGCAUUGUUCUCGCAUUGGAAUGUGAGAGAAAUGGCGGAGCGCAGGCCUCAGAAUCGGAACAAAUUGACAAUGCUCCUGAUCGCCGGUAUUUGAAGAAAUACAGCAAGAAGAAGUCAACUGUUAAAGAAGUCUCUCCUGAUGACGAUGGUCCGGUUGCUGUUUCGAAUAAUGGAAGCGGAUAAAUCGUUCUGAGUCAUCUAUAACCUCCACCUAAUGUUACUCUGCAACAGCUCCCCUGUCUUUGUCCUCAGUUGCAAGUGGAUAACUACACAGUUCGGUUCAUGAAAAGAAAAAGGUAGAGAAGGUAAUAAUUUAUACUGAUAUUUUAUAUAAUGUUGAUUUUUUUUUGUUAUUCUUAGUGGAUGCUAUAUGAAACUUGCUGAAAUGGAGCGAAACAGGGUUUUGUUUGGACGCUAAAUUCAAUAUGUAUACUUUUAGGCCAUUUUUGAACUAUAUUUAGAGGUUCUCUUAGCAAUAUUUUGAUGGCACUUUGAUUGUAGUGCCUUGUUACUAUAGGU